AUGUAUGCGAAAAUUGAGACUGAACGUCUCAAUUACAUCCGGUUCAAUCAAAGUAAAUUGCGAUCAGAAGAAUACAUACAUUUGCGUGAUGCAAUAACAAAUGAUGGGAAUUUGAAUGAUAUUGGACAUCUGACGAUAUUACCAGCAUCUUAUAUUGGAAGUCCUCGCCAUGUGCACGAAUAUGCUCAAGAUGUGAUGUCAUACGUGAGAAAAUACGGCCGACCAGAUUUAUUUAUUACAUUCACAUGUAAUCCGAAGUGGAGCGAUAUUCAAAAUAAUUUGUUUGACGGUCAAUCAACAACAAAUCGUCACGAUAUAAAUGCACGUGUUUUUCGGCAAAAAUUAGAAGCGCUGAUGGAUGUAAUUGUGAAAUUGCGCGUAUUUGGAGAAGUGCGAUGUUAUAUGUAUUCAAUCGAAUGGCAAAAGAGAGGAUUGCCGCACGCACAUAUAUUGAUAUGGUUGGUUCGUAAAAUCACACCAGAUGAAAUUGAUAAUAUCAUAUUAGCCGAGAUACCAAAUCAAACAAUUGAUCAAGAAUUAUUUGAAGUCGUCACAAAACAUAUGAUUCAUGGCCCAUAUGGCGUACUAAAUAUAAAUUCACCAUGCAUGAUUGAUGGCAAAAGCUCAAAGCGUUAUUCCAGAGCAUUGACUUCCGACACAAUAACAGGCAAUGAUGGAUACCCGUUGUAUCGACGACGGUCUACUGAAGAUAACGGUCAAUCAGUAAUGAUGAACAUUCGUCAUCAAGAAAUCAUCGUCGAUAAUCGCUGGGUUGUGCCAUAUUCACAACUUCUGUCUAAAAUAUUUCAGUCUCACAUUAACGUUGAGUAUUGCAAUUCCGUCAAGUCAAUCAAAAACAUUUGCAAGUAUGUGAAUAAAGGAAGUGAUAUGGCUGUCUUUGAAGUACCUGAUGCUGACAAUAGGAACGAUGAAAUUACCCGAUAUCAAAUGGGCCGAUACGUUAGCAGCAAUGAAGCAAUUUGGCGAAUAUUUGCGUUUCCAUUGCACGAAAGACAUCCUGUUGUUGUUCAUCUAGCGGUGCAUCUUGAAAAUGGUCAACGUGUUUAUUUUACUACUGAAAAUAUACAGCAGAGAGCAGCACAACCACUAGCGACUACUUUAACUGCUUUUUUUCGACUUUGUGAAACCGAUACAUUUACCAGAAGUUUGCUAUAUACUGAUGUACCUCAGUAUUACACAUGGAAUACAUCAUCAAAAGAAUUCCAACGACGUAAACAGGGUACAGCAGUUGAUGGUCACCCAGUAUUCAACAGAUGCUUUGGUGAGAAUGUAAACGAUUCAUCCCAACAACGCGGAAUGUUUUUAUUUGCGAUUGCUAUUGAUGAACGUUCAAGGACCGAGAUCGUUCGAAUAUUUGAAAAUAGUUGA